AUAGUGACACAGUGAGCUGCAGCCUAGCAUUGCUGCUCUGUGAUGUCAAGCUUUUGGCCUUUUCUAACGGGCCAUGUGUCGCAUAUUUGCUCUAUAAACCAGGUUAUGUCUUAAAACAGUUUAUUGUAUGGCAGCUCCAAUAUGAUGUCAUACCAGGUUAAUGCGUCGCUACCAACCGCGAAGGCUUUAGUAUCGCAGGGAAGCUCAAAUUGCGGCCCUGGUGCUGCUAACAGAUACCCGGCAUACAGGAGCUUCGGGAUGGGAGCUGGUGGAGGACUAGCGGGUGUCAGACUAAACCACACAACAAGGAGGAAACUGCCUGCGAUACAGCCCUUGAUCAAGUCCAAGGACUGGACAACCUUGGUGAGCGGCUUUAUAGUUGGAGGGUCACCUGACUCAGCCAAAGAUGACAGACUGGUGAUGGAGAACAAUGACCUAAAGGACAUCAGUGGGAGACACUUUAUUUUUGAUAAACAAUGUGCGAGGUUGGAGAGGACCAGAACUGUGAUUCCUCCGCUGCCAAGAGACUACCAUGUACACAGACCUGGCAACCUGCAUCCCCUCAGCCUCUCCAAGGAGCUUUCCCACAGCCAUGCGGGGCGGCCUUUCACCCUGGGCUACCCUGAAAGAUAUGAAAUGAAUACAACUCCAGCCAUCCUCUUUCCCUCCGCUUUAGUCCUCAAUGGCAGAAACACCUUCCCAGUUGAGAACUGCAAGCUCAGCAGGCCCAAGGUGAAUUAUCCAACCUACAACCUACUGAAUGUUAAAGACAAUCAAAAGAGCCAGUUCUAUCCAGACCCAGUGGUCGGAGCCUCUCGCUCUUUUAUCCACAGGAUAACUGAGCUGUCCUCUUUGGAGGGUGAGACGGUAAACCAAGAAAAGCGCAAGAAAAUGAGGAAAUCUAAAAAACCUCCAUCCUGACAAUCACCUUCUUCCCAGUCACACUGGUCAAGGAUCAAAACCUUUGAGUCUGUGCCAAUGACGUCUGAACAAAAUAAGACAUUUAGGGCGCCAUGCUCAUCUCAGUGGCUUCUUCUGACUGCUUGUUUGUCCUCAGUGGUAUUAGUUUCCUGCUUAACAUGGCUGAUCUUUACAUUUUGGGAUUCCUGACUUGAGCUCCUCUCUAUUAGUAAUGUAGUACAUGUAGUAUUUACUGUGGUAAAUUGCAGCAUUUGCUACAAACAUGCUGUUGAUGAAUAUUAUAUAUUUUCUAUUCUGACUCAAAGCUGUCGGUAGUUUCCCACUUAACAUCUGCAUGAAAAGAUAUUUAUUUUAUCUUUCCAAUGGCUUGUAACGGCUGUUUGUAAUACUGCCAUAUUUCUCGUUGUAUCAUGCAUUUGUUGCAGAUGCUGUCAAGCUUGAAUCUCAUUACACAGCAUUACAACAGUGUUCCUUCAAACAUUGCCGUUAUAUACUAAUUAAGCUGUGUUAAGUAAGUAGAAUAUAUUUGUACGAAUUAUAUGGUUUAGCAAAACCAUUAUUGUGCCUUGUUAAAUGUCUUCCUGAAAAUAAAUAUAUUUAUUUUUGUUAUCGUCA